AUGUCUGAUCAACGUCCAAAGUUAGCCAACAGAAAAUCGUCGAGCGAGCGUUUCCAGUUUCUGAAACCCCGUUCGUCGCCUCGCGGCCGUCCUUCAAAACAACAAGUGGGCUCAAAUCCCGAUUCCGAUUCCGAUUCCGACGAUAACGAUCACAUUCCAGACCAUCCACAUGAACGGCCUGCUUCGCGAAACUUGCCGUCUUUUGCUCGUGGGCCUGGCUCCCAGCACCAGAACAGACGUCGGGAUAUCGAAGAUGAUGCUAUAGAUACCAUUCAAGUCAAUAGUGGCAACACUUUGAGCAAUUCCGACGAGGAAAGCGAAGAACAGGAUUUUGAAGCGAACAAUAGCAAUAAUGAGCAGGAUUCACAGCAUUCCGGUACGAGAAAUCGAGACGAACAUACUGAUCAAGCACAGUCUUACAACCCUCAAAAAUUGCAUUAUACGUCUUCAGAUGACGAGAACGUAGAUCCCAAGGAUUCAGACAAAAGUUCGCCCACACAGGUGGCCACUACGGAAUCUCAAAACCCAUUCAACAAUCCUGUUCAGCACGGAGAGCAAGAAAAUAAUGACGACAAUGCUUCCUCCGACGAGGACAAAGUUGACAACUUCAAACGGUUCUUCAGAAGAAGAUCCUCCACACGGCGUUCCUCCACACGUCGCUCCUCCCAUGACUCAAGACCCAGCGGCAUGCGUUCUGUAAAAGAAGAUGACGAAGACGAUGAUCAAGGAGGUUUCCUCAACAAGUUUUUGCAAUAUACCGGCGGUGGCAUGACGCCGGGACUGGUAAGGUCGGGCACUCAGAGGUCCAACCAUGAUGCAGAGCACGUCACAGGCCAGGAAAAUCUUGAAGAGCCAGUAGAUGGUGUAGACGUUGGUGAGGCGGCUCAGCAAAUUCUUCAACAGCAUGGCGCCGCCACUGCAUCUCAUAAUCCAAAUGAUCCAGAACACGGCGCUCCAGGGAACGCAAACGCCCACCUCGAUGUCCCAAUGAACAAUCCUUCAGACGGAGAAACCAUGGUGACUUCUGGAAAUGAUUCUUUUUUCGCCAACAGAGUGGGCCAUUACGACGACUUUGACGAUGAUCCAGACGGUUUCAAUCCCUUGAUGGAGGACAACUCUUACAUUGCCCCACCAAACCGGGUACGUGGAGGUGUUUUGGGAUCUUUGUUGAAACUGUACCAGAACGAAGAUGAUGCCGCUUCUCGUUCUCAAGUUUCGCUCGACACUACUCCAGAGCCAAUCGAUUUUUACGAUGGCGAAUCUCUUCCACUCACAGGGAUUACAGCAAUAGAAUCUGGGCAGCCAAACAAGAAAGGCAAAAAGAUUUCUUUCAACACUCCUUCAUUUUCAGGAAUAAAAGGCAAGGCCUCAAGCAUGUUGAGUUCCGAAAACCUCCCCAACAAUGGCAAGCUGCCAAAUUUCAAGGCAACAAGGCCCAGGGUAAAAAAUUUCAAACAGGUUGCUAAGCAAGCCAACAAGUUGCGUCGCAAGCAAAAUGCCGAGGCUAAGAUUACUGUACACAUUGCUGCCCUCCUGCAAAGACAAAGAUUCAUUAUGCGUUUGUGUAAGGCUUUAAUGCUUUACGGUGCCCCUACCCAUCGAUUGGAAGAGUAUAUGGUGAUGACGUCCAGGGUGUUAGAGAUUGACGGUCAAUUUUUGUACGUCCCUGGAUGUAUGGUGGUUUCGUUUGGUGAUGCCACUACAAGAACAUCCGAAGUUCAACUUGUUAGGUGCGCCCAGGGCUUGAACUUGUGGAAGUUGCAUCAAGUCCAUGCCAUUUACAAACAAGUUGUGCAUGAUUUGAUGAGCGCUGAAGAAGCCAACAUAGCCAUUGAUCGGAUCCUUAAAGAUAAAAACUUAUAUCCGCCCUGGCUCUGUGUCUUUUUAUAUGGGUUUUGCUCAUCCAUGGUUACGCCCUUUGCAUUUGGUGGUGACUGGGUUAACAUGGCUACUUCUUUUGUUAUCGGUUGUUGCGUCGGGUGCUUGCAAUUCAUUGUUUCCCAGCGCUCGAGCUUGUACUCUAAUGUCUUCGAAGUGACAGCCUCGAUUGUCGUCAGCUUUUGCGGCAGAGCACUGGGAUCCAUACCUGGUAGUGGCAUUUGCUUCGGGUCCACUGUCCAGGGCUCUCUUGCGUUGAUUUUACCUGGUUUCAUUAUUUUGAGUGGGUCGCUGGAGUUACAAAGCAGAAACUUGGUCGCUGGUUCGGUUAGAAUGUUCUACGCCAUCAUCUACUCCUUGUUCUUGGGUUUCGGUAUCACACUUGGUGCAGCGCUGUUUGGUUGGAUUUAUCACGACGCUACCAACGACACAACUUGUAAGGAUCCACACGUUCCAACACAGUUCAAACUUCUGUUCGUGCCGGCAUUUUCAAUUGGUCUGGCCCUUAUCAACCAGGCCAGAUGGUCGCAACUGCCGGUGAUGACAUUCAUAUCAUGCUCGGGUUACGCCGUUACUUACGCUUGCGGUUUGCAUUUCAAAAACUCGACUGAAUUCAACUCUUCGAUCAGUGCUUUCGUUAUUGGUAUUCUGGGCAACUUGUACUCGAGAAUUUGGAAGGGUCUUGCUGUUUCUGCAAUGCUUCCAGGUAUAUUCGUUCAGGUGCCCUCCGGUGUGGCCUCGCAAAGUUCGUUGCUCGCUGGUGUACAGAGUGCGAAUGCUAUUACAAACAGUUCGAACAGUACAGAUAACACUGCUGCAGUCAAUGACAUCUCCGGGUCAAUGUCGUUCGGUGUAACCAUGAUUCAAGUUUCCAUUGGUAUUUCUGUCGGACUUUUUGCCUCAACUCUUUUCGUAUACCCAUUCGGUAAAAAGUCCACUUCUCUUUUCACUCUUUGA